CCCCAUGCCCAGCGGCGGCGGCGGAGCAGCGCGCGGCCGCGGGCGGCUCUGAGGAGCCCAGAGGGAACCGGCGACGAGGGGACCAUGUACCGGGACCCGGAGGCGGCCAGCCCAGGGGCGCCCUCGCGCGACGUCCUGCUGGUCUCUGCCAUCAUCACCGUCAGCCUUAGCGUCACUGUCGUCCUCUGCGGCCUCUGCCACUGGUGUCAGCGCAAACUGGGCAAACGCUACAAGAAUUCCUUGGAGACGGUGGGCACGCCAGACUCAGGGCGUGGGCGCAGUGAGAAGAAGGCUAUCAAUGAUCUAGACAGAGACUUUUGGAAUAACAAUGAGAGCACAGUGCAGCAGAAAUGGAGCUCCUACCCUCCCAAGGAGUUUAUUCUAAACAUUUCACCCUACGCCCCUUAUGGCGACCCACGACUGUCCCUCAAUGGCACCCUCCUGUCGGGCGCCAAAGUGGCCGCCGCGGCGGGGCUGGCGGUGGAGCGGGAAGGCCGGCUGGGGGAGAAGCCGGCGCCGGUGCCACCACCCGGAGAGGACGCCUUGAGAAGCGGCGGGGCUGCCCCCAGCGAGCCGGGCAGCAGUGGCAAGGCCGGGAGAGGCCGCUGGCGGACGGUGCAGAGCCACCUGGCCGCAGGGAAGCUCAACUUGUCCAAUUUCGAGGACUCCACCCUGUCCACGGCCACUACCCUUGAGUCUAUCCCCAGCUCCACGGGAGAGCCGAAAUGCCAGCGACCCCGCACCCUGAUGCGGCAGCAGAGCCUGCAGCAGCCGCUGAGCCAGCACCAGCGGGGCCGGCAGCCCAGCCAGCCCACCACCAGCCAGAGCCUGGGCCAGCUGCAGGCCCACAUGGCCUCGGCGCCGGGCCCCAACCCCCGGGCCUAUGGCCGGGGCCAGGCUCGGCAGGGCACCUCGGCCGGCUCCAAGUACCGGGCGGCGGGGGGCCGCAGCCGCUCCAACCCGGGCAGCUGGGACCACGUGGUGGGGCAGAUUCGAAACCGAGGCUUGGACAUGAAAUCCUUCCUGGAAGGCCGGAUGGUGGUGCUAUCCUUGGUCUUAGGGCUUUCGGAACAGGAUGACUUUGCCAAUAUCCCUGACCUGCAAAACCCAGGAACCCAGCAGAACCAGAACGCUCAGGGGGACAAGAGGUUGCCUGCAGGAGGGAAGGCAGUGAACACAGCCCCGGUGCCAGGCCAGACACCCCACGAUGAGUCCGACCGCCGGACCGAGCCACGCUCCUCUGUCUCAGACCUCGUCAACUCCCUCACCAGCGAGAUGCUCAUGCUCUCCCCAGGCUCCGAGGAGGAUGAGGCCCACGAGGGCUGCAGCCGAGAGAACCUGGGCCGGAUCCAGUUCAGCGUCGGCUACAACUUCCAGGAGUCCACGCUCACCGUGAAGAUCAUGAAGGCCCAAGAGCUGCCGGCCAAGGACUUCAGCGGCACCAGUGACCCCUUCGUCAAGAUCUACCUGCUGCCUGACAAGAAGCACAAGCUGGAGACCAAGGUGAAGCGGAAGAACCUGAACCCCCACUGGAACGAGACCUUCCUCUUUGAAGGUUUUCCCUAUGAGAAGGUGGUGCAGAGGAUCCUCUACCUCCAAGUGCUGGACUACGACCGCUUCAGCCGCAACGACCCCAUCGGGGAGGUGUCCAUCCCCCUUAACAAGGUGGACCUGACCCAGAUGCAGACCUUCUGGAAGGAUCUGAAGCCAUGCAGCGAUGGGAGUGGGAGCCGAGGGGAGCUGCUCUUGUCUCUCUGCUACAACCCCUCUGCCAACUCCAUCAUCGUGAACAUCAUCAAAGCCCGGAACCUCAGAGCCAUGGACAUCGGGGGCACAUCAGACCCCUACGUGAAGGUGUGGCUGAUGUACAAGGACAAGCGGGUGGAGAAGAAGAAGACGGUGACGAUGAAGAGGAACCUGAACCCCAUCUUCAAUGAGUCCUUCGCCUUCGAUAUCCCCACGGAGAAGCUGAGGGAGACGACCAUCAUUAUCACCGUCAUGGACAAGGACAGGCUCAGCCGCAAUGACGUCAUCGGCAAGAUCUACCUGUCCUGGAAAAGCGGGCCAGGGGAGGUGAAGCACUGGAAGGACAUGAUUGCCCGUCCCCGGCAGCCCGUGGCCCAGUGGCACCAGCUGAAGGCCUGAGUGGGGCCAAGGGAGGCCCAGGGGGCCGAGGGCCCAGGUCCCCAUCAUGCCCUCACCACUUUAUGCACAACGCCCGGCCUGAGCCCCCUGCCAUAGGGAGGGGAGGACCCUGAGGGCUCAGCCAGGGAGGGGUCCCAGGACUCAACUGGGCCCCGUGUCUAGGAAGUACCAGCCCCGUCCCCCACGGUCCAGCUUCGGGGAAGGGGCUCUGGGAGGCAUUUUCCUGCUUUGCCCCUUUUCUUCCUGACUUACUAAUACUAAAGAAGUUGGGGGACCUCAAGAGCCAGACGGCCAGACAGGCAGACCCCUCCAGAGGCCCGCCAGGUGGGCAUGGUCCCCCGUUUUCUUUAAGGCAGCACCUGGAGUGGAGAGAGGCCACUCCCUGUCCAGCCCCCGAGGUGGACCCAGGGGAGGGGAGGCUGAGGCGUUUGGCCCCAGUCUGGUUAGGAGAGGCCCGUCCCCAGGGCAGUUUCAGGUGCCGGCUGGGCCCUGAAUGCCGAAGACAGUAUCUAGCCCGCUCCUGGGUCCUGGAGCCGCGGCCCUUUGUACUUGUGUUGUGUCCAUUGUGUGUGUGCGUGGGGACAGAGGCCUGGAAGUGCGGAGGACUAUGCGGAGAAGGCAGGUUUCGUGAAGGCCAGGCAGGGUUGGAGGCCAGGAGUGUGAGAGGAGAGGCCUGUAGGGCUGAGUGGGGUAGGGUGAGGCAGCAGUCAGGAACAGAAGAGCGGCAGAUGCUGGAGCUGGGCUGAGAGCCGGGCUGCCUCCUGCCCUCCUCCCCUUCUCCCCUUGGUGCCCCCUUCUGCUCAGAAUCUGAAAUAGCUCCUUUUUCAGCAAUUUCAUCUCUUGAACACUGACUCACGCCUUUUAGGCACCUACUGUGUGCAUAGCAUUCCACCAGGACUCAUCUCCCUUCCUUCUCAAGGGGUCCUGAGCCCUGACUAGCUUUGCCCUAACUCCUUCAUCAAAAGACCCCCCGCCAGCUUCCCACACCUCAUACGCAGCCACAUCUGCCCUAUUCUUCAUGCUUUCCAGCUUCCCUGCCCUUCCUCGUCUCUCCCUGCCUGUGCAGACCCCCACCCUUCUUUCCUCACCCCUCCAUCCCCUGAUGCUUGUAGGCCUUCCAUUCAUUCCCUGUCAUCGUGCGUGGUCUCUGAUCUUCCAUCACCUGAUCUUCUCCAGGACUGUCUUCCCACCCUCCCCACUCCCUGGUCCCCGGGAGCAGCUCCUUCUGCCUGGCUCACUCACAGUGCAGGGAAAGGAGGCAGGGAGAAGACGAAGGUUCUGAGAGUUCUGAGGUUGCCACACACAAAGAAGCCAUGGUUUCUCUGCCUCAGCCACUGAUGAGACUAGAACUGGCUUCCCCCUGGAGAUGGCAGAUUUCAGGCUGAUCCCUGCUUAAGCCCUCUCAUCCCCACGCUGGUCCUGGUAUAGAUAAAAGACCCAGCUGGUGACAAAGCCUCCAAACCUGGGGGUCCAUAGGCCUGGGCCUGACAUUCCAAGAACCACCGCCAGGUGGCGCCAAGCCUCCACAGUCUGUGGCUUGGUCAGCCCACAGUUCCACCCUGGAUGGGCCUGUGACACCCCAAAGACAAGAAGGGGACUCUGGAUAGGGUCCCCACAUCCAGGGCGUGGGGAGAGCAUAGGCAUUUGGGAACCAUUUUCCUUCGGUCGGCUUCCCCUUGACCUGAGCAUUCUGCUUGCUGCAGUAGACGGGUCGCCUUUUGCCCAUAGCGAAAUUUUCUUAAAUUGAAUCUCACACCCCCACCAUUUCCUCUCCCUGGGAUCUGGAAGAACAUCAUACAUAGUAGGUGAAUCGUUUUGUAGAGUGAAGAAUGCUAAUGUAAAGCAAAUAGUCACCCACGUUCCUUGUAAAUCCAAAUGUUUCUAUAUUGUAGCUUUGCUUAAAAUGGGGUCGGCCCCAACUGCACCCUCCUCUUUGGCGGGCUGGGGAGCGGCCCCCAGCAGGGACGGGAGGGCAGCGACCCCGAAGCCACGUGGAUGUGGGAGAGGGCGUGGUGGGAAGUUUUGAGUGGAGGAGGGGAUCUGCCCUUCUCUACCCCUCCCUUGGAUCCGCCUCGGUUUCCUGUCCCCCCACCACCACCCGCCUGCCCCGCGGAAGACUGCCCAGUGAGCGAGCCCCCGCCUCCCAGGCCCCUUCGCCUGCUAGGGAGCCCCCUGGGAAUCCAACCAACUUGUAUCGAGUGGGCGGGGCAAUGGCUCCACCUUUUCCCGAGCCCCGCCCAUGGAGCUCUUAGCCAAUCCUAUGCAGAGAGCAUCUCCUGGCAGGGAUCUUUUCCCAACCAGACCCCAUCCAGGCACACUGGCUACCAGGCUUGGGCUUCCCCAGCCCCCCCACGUGCAGGUGGAGCUCUGGGAUGCUAUGUCGGGGCGGCAAGCGGUGGGCCAAGGGCUGAGUAGGCUAGCACGGGAGGCAAGGGUGGUAUGGGAUGGGGCAGGGGUGGUCUAGGGUGAUAGGAGAGCAGGGAAUGGGGGAACUUGAGGGUGGGGGGAGGGCACUUGGAGCCCUGUCACCAUCCCAGGACUUUGGGCAAGUCACCCGCACUCCCUGGGCCUCAGUUUCCCCAUCUGUAAUAUGAUGGUAAUAAUACUUCACCUACCUCACAGGGGAGGUUGUGAGGCCACCAUCACCUGACCUGAGGGUCAAGGCAGGAGGACUCAAGAGAGAAGGUGCUACCCGUGAGCAAAGUGUAAUUAGCGAAUCCUGACAGCAAGGCCCACCUGCCCCUCCCCCACAGAGCCUCCAGAGCUAGCCGAGGCCAACCCAGGCCCAUCUGUCUCUUCACUGUGUCGCAGGCCCCUUCAUGGGCCUCAUCUGCCAUCUUUGUGGGUGCCCUAGACUUAGUCCUUAUCUUGUCCUGGUUUCCUUUCUUGUGGCCAUCUCCCCACGAAACUGCUGUAUAAAUUCCACCUGCCCCAGGACCCCCACACCUGCCCUCCGGCACCAGAUGCCAGGGAAGGGACAGAGGAAAACAGCCACAAACAAGCCAGGGGCCUCCCCUGAGUCCCCCAGGGGUGGGGAUCGGUGGCCACUGUUUGUAUGUCCUUGAGCGCAAAUGUUUUAUAAAAAAUAAAACAAAAACCCACCAUCACCAAAAAAAAAAAAAAAUUUUGCAGCGAAGAGAAAUGAAGAAAAACUGAAGGAAAAAAAAAAAAAAAAACAGGAAAAAAGAACCAUACAAAAUUUUUCCACCACACACACCCUCUAAGCCAGCAAGAUUUCCUCUUUGCAAAAUCAUAUUUUUGUGGGAAUGGGUCCUGCUUUUUGUGGCAAGGCCUGUUCUGAUUAAUAAAGGAUCGUGAAAAAGUAGGGCCUUGGCUGUUUCCUCCUUGGGUCCCAGCCCUCCCUCACCUUCCCAGGGGCAGAGGCAGUGGGGUGAAGGGGAUGGGGGCCCCGGGGCUGAGCCUCCCCCUCAGUGUGUCACCUUUGGGAUUUGACUUCACUGGUGACCAGGCCCUUCCUGAGCGUCCAGCCCAUCCUCAGAUCUCUAUAGAAUAUGAUCCCACCGGCUUCCCAGAAAGCAGAGAGGCAGCUACAUCUCCCAGAUCAGGCCUGACGCAAAGCUUUUUGGGAGUAGAGUCCUCUAGGCCUCAGAGGUGCCCUCCAGGGUCACCCAGCCUGACGUCCCCUCCCUCAGUUCCCAGAGGACCCUCACCACCCUUCAAGGCAGCUCAGACAAACCAAAGGGGGACGCUCCAGUUUUCCCACCACCACCCACGGGGCCACUGUAGUUUCAGGCCAGCGCCUCCUUCCUGGUCCCUGAGGUGGGAAAGGGAAAGAUAAGGAGCUCUGUGUCUGUUGGCUGGAACUGUGGCUUCUCUCAGUUCUUUAGGAUUAGAAAAGUCUUUUCUACUCAAUAGAACAGGUUCCAGCCUGAGGUGUGGGAAGCUGGGUUGUAAUCCCUUCUCCAGCCUCUGUGGCCCUGGGCAAGCUCUUUUAUUCCUUCCACCUGUUUCUUCUGACCACGACAAAGCAAUAACCAUCCCCAUCCCCUGCCCUUUCUUCCCCACCCAGCCCAGGGGAAGCUGAGCCCCCGCAGCUCUCAGGGUUCUUCAGAAGGAAGGUGCUACAUCUGUUUCAGACACAGGCACAAAAGGAACGAGCACAUCCCUGUUGUCAUGUGUCCACCUGCUGGCCCCUGGCCCUGCCAGGAGUGAAGCGGGCCAUCCCAUCCGCCCCCUGCUCCCAGCACCUGGGGCCAGCAGCUGCCUCCUGGAACUGCACUAAGUACCCCACCCAAAGCUGUCUGUCUCUCGUUUCCCGCAACCUGGUUUAGAUAUCCCUUCUGAUCUCUGUUCCAGAGAUUGGAGGAAGCCCUGGGGUCAGGUAAGUAGCCUCAGGGGCGCCCUUGGCCAGAGCUUCUGUUCAGGCUUUCUCUGUGAGAGCAGCCCCGGAAAACGGAGCCUGAAGUCAGAGACAGCCCAGGCCCAGCACAGGUGGCAGUCUCUUGCUGCUGGCUCGGGCCCUUCCCUGGACUUUUUGCCUUCCUCUGUUUUUACUUCUCUGGGUCUGUCUUCAUCCACGCCUGAUCUGAGAUGCUCCCCCACCUCUCCCUGUACCUGGGACCACCGCCCUCUGGUGUUUUCUUUCUCCUGUGAGUCCCCCCCAGAUACUGCUACUUUCUGGAAGGCCAUCCUGGGUUACGUUCUGCGCUCCUCUCCCUCCCCCGCAAAGACAACCAGAAAGACAAGGCUUGAGCACGCCGAUGCCCCCGCUCGUGGCUUCCCUGACCAUCUGUUUCCCGUGAAGACGCCCCGCUCCCCGUGUCUGUGUCCUGUGUGUGUGUGUCGUGUCUUGUUUAGAUUGUGAGCCCCCUGGGCAGGGAUCCCUGUCUGCAUACGUGUUCCCUGUGGCACGCCCAGGUGUGCUAAUAAAUGUUCAUCUUCAGAA